GCGGGGCGUGGUGAGCGGCUGGUGAGUAGCCAGUAGCCACAGCACAGCAGCCCAGCCAUCAGUUCUGCAGUACAUCCUCCACAACAGCGACAUCAUGGUGUACGAGUCCGACUUCUACACGACCCGCCGUCCCUACAGUCGGCCGACCAUCACCUCGUACUCCGUCACGCUUGUUCCUCACUAUGGCGGCAUCGUGCAGGCUACACCGAUCAACCUGGGUAGUACGAUCCCCUACAACAAGAAGCUGGUGACUCAUGUAGUUGCAGUGCCAUCUCAUCGCACUUCACGGUCUGUCAUCUGGGCAGAACUGGACCGCAUCAAUCACCGGCCGAGACCUCAUCUGUCCUACGUACCCAAGGAAGACUUCCUCAACGACCACGCCAUCGUGCAUUUUGAUGACGAGGCUCGAGUUAUUCGAGCUCAGACAAAUUCACUAUUGCGUCGCCUCGCAACCCCUGUGCACCGGCCUGCCAGACCUCUGCCAAUCUCUCUCGCACCAUCCUACAACCGUCCUGAGUAUUCAGUCUCAGAGCGCAUCACCUCAGACGACUACAUCCACCGCAUGAUAGAGCCGACUCACAAUGUACCUUACAAUAUAAAUGUGCUCUCCUACUACCCGGGAGUCGAACCUGUACCAACCAGGGUGAACAUCGGCAAAGGUCACCUGGCAUGUGUGACGUACGCCGGUGGCCGAGCUUAUCCUCGCAGAAGGGAACGCUACUCAGACAACAAGAGCAUCAAGGAUGAGAUCAACAUUCGCAGCUACUACCGAGCCCUCGACAAGCCUGACCUGUCUACCGAACUUGAGAAGUGGAAAGUGCCUCACAUGGACUAUCAUCACGGCCGAGACUUGCGCAAGUACAAGAUGACCAUUUCAGCGCCACUUGUCGACUCGGUGAGCCUUUUCAUCUUAUUGUACUCAGCCAGGAGCCACCUGCCUGGCUUUAAAGGGGGGGAGAACAUCAAAAUGCCGUACCCGCCCGUAGAAACAAAUCCUGAUCAGACUGGGGAUACCAGCAAUCAGAGAGGACUGCCGUUGACAAUGCCGAAACCACCUAAAGAAGAUGACGAGGCACUGAAGAAAAAACGUGCAGCUGAAAAGGAGGCAGCAGCUAAAGAAUGGGAGAAAGAACAAGAAAUUAUCACUAAAAAGAAGAAACAAGCUGAAGAAGAGCAAGCAAAAAUAGAAGCUGAAAAACAAGCAGAAGAAGAAAGGAUUGCUGCGGAAGCAAGAAAAGUUCAAGAGGCAAAGUUAGCAGAAGAGGCAAGAAAGGCUGAAGAGGCUAAAUUGGCAGAGGAAGCUCGAAUUGCAGAGGAAAAGCGAAAGGUAGAGGAGCAAAAGAAGGCAGAAGAAGCUCUUAAGGCAGAGGAAGCCAGGAAAGCUGAAGAGGCAAGGAUAGCAGAAGAGGCAAGGAUAGCUGAGGAAGCCAAGAAGGCUGAAGAAGCUAGGAAAGCUGAGGAGGCUAAAAAAGCUGAAGAGGAAAGAUUAGCUGAGGAGGCUAAGAAAGCUGAAGAAGCUAAAUUAGCAGAAGAAGCACGGUUAGCUGAGGAAGCUCGUCUAGCUGAAGAAGCAAAAAAGAAAGCUGAAGAAGAAGAAGAAGCAAAGAAGGAAGAAGUGGAAUCCACUGCUAGUGCAGUUGAUGAAACUACUGCCAAUGGAACAGCUGAUCCUGAAGAAGUAUCAGCACAACAUGCUGUUGAAGAAAAUGGCCCAGUUGCUGAAGAUACUCCUAUUCCUGAAGAAUCUGCACCGGUCAAAGAAGCUAUCAAUGAAGAGUCAAAGCCCGUAACAGAGGAUGAAAGUGUAGCGGCAGCAGAAAAUAGCACAUCUGCUGAAGUUGAAGAAAAAAUUGAAACCCCAGCAGAGGAACCUGCAUCAGAACCUAUUGUUGAGGAGCCUGCCACCCCUGAAGUUCAAAACAUUGAAGUUCCAACGAGUCCAGAAGAAGUAACAUCAGAAGAGGAAUAACAAACUGUUUCUAUUAUAAAAGACUUUUAUUAUAAUAUGUAACUUAUUCACAUGGAAGAAUAUGUACUAUAAAAGGUCUUGAUAACAAGACAAUGUUUAAUAAUCUGUCUAAGCUUAAUAUUUUUAUUGUCAUUUUAAAAUACACUACAGGACUUAAUUGACUAUGUUUAUGAACCUUAUAAAUCUAAAAUAUUCUUUUCUAUCUGUGAGUAAGUAGGUGAUGUCAAUUGUAUGCACCACAGAGUUCAUUUUUUUAAACUUCUUUGAUCCUGUCUUAUGGCUGUAAUCUAAAGCUAACCCUAAUUAAUUAACAUAUUUGGUUUAGGCAAAUGUUGUAAUAAUAUACUACAAAAUAAUAUUAUUGUUGUACAAUUCAAUUAAACAAAUUUGACAUCAUGA